GGGACACGACUGUCUGUGGGAAAGAAGGUCACGACUGUCUGUGGCAAAGAAGGUCACGACUGUCUGUGGCAAAGAAGGUCACGACUGUCUGUGGCAAAGAAGGUCACGACUGUCUGUGGCAAAGAAGGUCACGACUCUGUGAACCACUUUGAUUUGUCCUGCAACAGAGAAGAAACUUGUCAAGUACGGGACAACAAAAGACUUUUGCCAUAUGUGAAAACUAAAGAAAUGUAUGAGAAAUGUCAAACCCCAUAUUACAGGAAGAAAUUAAAUAUACAAUGGGUGUACAAUAUAUUGGAUAAGAAGAGUGAGUCAGACAGGAUAGUUUUUGAAGAUGCAUGUCCGAAGGAUGGAUUUAUACUGUUACCAGAUAUGAAAUGGAACAGAAAGGAGUUGAGUCAACUCUAUCUGGUGGCUAUUGUGCACACCAGGGAAGUUCUGUCAUUGAGAGACCUCAAUCAUACACACCUACCUUGCUCAACAAUAUCCUGCAAAAGGGGAAUGGAGGCGAUAAGAAAAAAGUUUGGAGUAAAGCCAAGUAAGCUUCGGAUGUAUGUACACUACCAACCAUCAUACCAUCAUUUUCAUGUACACUUUACACAUCUUGCACUAGAUGCACCAGUUUCGAGGCAGACAGAGCCCAUCUUUUACAGGACAUAUAGAAAUAUCACAAUCAAAUCAGACUACUACCCCAAAAAGUAUCGUGUUCAAAGUUUUGAGAAUGUGAUGGACUGUACUUGA